AGAAAAGAAAGAAUUAUAUAAAGAAAAUACAAGUGUUUGUUUAUAUAUAUAUAUUGACCUACAUGAUGCAUUUUUCUACAUGUAAUAUUGGGCUCAAGUUCAAACAAUAAGUGUUGUAUCUAAAUAUAUAUUUGGUUCUGUACUCCGUUGCUAAAAAAAAAUUAUAAAUAAAAAGGGAACUAAAAUCUGUCAUUUCUUCUCCUUUCUUCUUUAUACAACACUAUUAUGAACACCAUUCGUAGCAUGUUCGGCUUAAAGAAGUCAAAGAAAAAUACCAAAAAGGAUCAAACCUAUUCACAUAGCUCUUCUGUAUCUUCAUUCUCUUCUGAUUCUUCAACAAAUGACUCAAUGCCUCAAACACCUACUGGCAUGUCAAUGCAAGAAUCUCUUGGCAUCUUCCGCACACUUGAACCUGUCUGGUACUUUCAAUCUAGUCUUUUGGCUCAUCCUACAUUACAAUCAAAUGAAUGGGUUCCAUUUGAUGAAAACAGCCAAUAUGCUCUGGAGCAAUCAUUAGAAAAUAAGCCUGACUGUGUCCUGCGUCAAUCUGUGCUUGGUCCUUGCACUAUCUUGUUUAGACCUGCAACUACUAAAACAAAGAAACAACGCCAAAGCAUGAUGACACUAUCUACAUCACAGCAUUCUUCCAUGCCUUCUCUUCGCCCCAAUGGUCAUAUUGGACGCACAUUAGAGCUCAACAAGCAUGUACGCCGCACUAUUUCCCCUGUUUGGUGGUUUGAACAAGACCAUCCUGAUGGCUCUAAGGGCAUGUGUAGAUUUGACUACAAAAACCAGGUCCGUCUUGAGGCUUUAUCAGAAGAUCGUACACGCUUAGUAUUGACGGAUGAUGCUUUCAAUGUUCCUUUUACUGUUGUCCUUGAAGCUCCUAAAGAACGCGAAUCAAAGGAGGAAAUACGUGGUUUCUUGUUCUUUGAGCCCGUGUCUACUGCUUUCCAGCGCGCGUUUGAUGCAACUUACCCUGAAAAAUUCUCAAUUGAAGAUCCUUUAUAUGAUGACGAACAGUGGGGCGCUUCUCUUACUCGUCGUUUCUCUGUAUAACCCUCUUCCCUUUUUUCAUUAUAUAUUAUUCAUUUUUAUUUAGAGUAUUCCUAUCUAACUUGUAUAUAACUCAUAUCUUAUUGUAACGACUAAAUAAACAUUCCCCCUCCCCUUAUUUAAUAUGAAAUCAUUCAAAGAAUUAGUAUGUAGAUUAGUACCUGAUACCUGUUUGAAACAAGCGUGAAAUGAUGCCAUC